AUGUUAACAGUGGAUGCAACUCUGCAAGGGGGCUUAGUGAGCCUCUUGCAGCUUCUUGUUACGUCGUACUUCUCUGGUGACAACUUUUGCACAGUUAUUUACUAUGAUCGAAUGUUGAAAAAUGUUCAACAAGAAUGUGAUCAAUACUGUUCGUUUCUUACGGCUCUCGAAUUCGCUUUGGCAGGUAUGAAAAGUGAGCAAAAUCCAAUCAUGUGGAUAGUGGCUCAAUCAGGUGAAGAGGUAACUCAUCUUAAAUGUGCAAUCGAACAUGGUUGCCAAUCAUACAUUGUCGUAACCAAAGAUAUACUGUAUUUCCUAAAGUUGAAGCUCGAAUUAAAAGAAAUAACUACUCAAAGAAUUCGUGACAAGAAUUUCCUAAUUUAUUGCGAAAAUAAUACAAUGUUGGACAGCAGUGAGAUUACAAACGAGGCAUUAAAAUUUUAUCCAAAUCUAUGGUUUCUUGUUCAAAAUGAGAACAACGAUUACGAUUUCUAUACCCAAAACUAUUCAAUUACCCGAAUGGAAAAUGUAGAACUAUCUGACAGUUAUGAUAUCAUCGAAAAAUCAUUCGCUAACGGAGGAAAUUUAUUCUACGAUAAACUGUACAAUUUGCAAGGCAGAACCGUCACAAUGGGUGUGGCAGAUUAUGCUCCAUAUUGUGUGACUACUAAAACGGAUGUGAAUGAAGGAAAUGCCGAUGCUUUCAACUCUAGUUUGACGAAAGAGCUUUUCGUUCGAGGUACCGAAGGCACCUUAAUUGUUGAGUUUUGCAAAAUAAGAAACUGUAAUAUAAGAUUAUGGCCAUAUGGACCGAGUGACUGGGGUGACAUAUAUCCAAAUGGCUCUGGUUACGGAGAAAUUUUCUCCACCUACUCAAAACAAACAGAAUUUUCGAUCUGUUGUUUAUAUUACAAUUGGUUCCUACAUCUUCUCGAUGGAAGUCAGUAUAUCGCAAAAUCGACUAUCACUGUUAUGGUUCCGGGAGCUAAGCUGCUUCCGAUGUCCUUGACUGUCAUAUAUCCUUUCGCUAGCACAGUGUGGCUCUCCAUUUUCAUUAUGCUAGUAGUGAUGACGGCGGUUCACCACUUCAUAACCAGUUUAAAUCUCAAACAUGAUGACAAAUCGGUUCAACCACCGAUUGAAAAAUCGAUUUUCGACAUGAUCUCCAUCUAUUUGGACCAAGGAAUAUUUCCGAAUUCCGUUUCCUCGUCUUAUCGCUGGCUAAUAUCAUUCAUUCUUUUAUCCGGAGUUGUACUGAGCAACAGUUACUCCAGUGGCUUGGCAAGUGUUUUGACUGUUCCGAAAUAUGGAAAAUCAAUCGAAACCAUCCACGAUUUUGUGCAGACGCCAUAUCGAUGGGGAGCUCCAGCAAUCGCAUGGGUUCUUUCGUUAUACGGAGCGGAUUCGCACGACAUCCAGCAAGUGGUGGAAAAGUUCGAUAUGUUACCUGAUGAAGAAGAACUGUACAGACGGUCCCUCGCGGGAGACUAUGGCGUUGGCGUUGAGUUGUUGAAUGGUGGAAACUACGCCUAUGGUUCCUUCAUUCGGGAAAAUAACGUUCGGAGCUUUGACAUUUUGAAGGAGGAACUGUACUUUACCUACACCAUCGGAUAUUCGCAACGUGGUUGGCCGCUGAUGGAGUACUUCAACAAGUUCAACUUGGAAGCGAUCCAGCAUGGAUUUAUUAUAUUUUGGGAAACACAAGCAAUACGAAAUUUUACCACCUUUCAUAUAGAGCAAGCGUUGCUGGAGAUUGCCAAAGGUCACCAGGAGAAGGAUGAGUUGAGACCGUUGUCUAUUAAACAUGCUCUAGGAUCGUUGUGGAUUUUGAUGAUCGGUUCUACCGCUGCAACAGUUGUGUUUCUGGGUGAACUCACCUGGUAUUCAUUUCAGAAACAUAGGAUAAGGAAAUUGUAA